GUCGCCCCUUGUACUUUGUCCUGAACCAUCCUUCUCGACCUCCCUCGCCCACCCACAGGCACCCCCGGGAUGAGUGAGCUCUCCCCAGACGUAUCUGCCUCUGCUACGGCGGCGGCAGCGGACGUAAGCAGCCAUCCCCUCGUUUCCCUCAUCUCCGCCUGUUUCUGGGUGAUCCUAUGGGCGCUGUCAUGGGUCAAGUCCCUCAUAGGGAUAGUCACCAUCUCUGUCCCCCGCCUCGUAUACCAGAUCCUGUCGUACUCAAUGACCCUCACGCUGAACUUUUGGUCGUUUGUCCUGAUAUUUGGGACAUGCGCGGUCGCGCUGAACUACUUCAUACGCUUCCGAUACCUCAACGACUACAUGCAGCUGAAGGAACCGCCGCUGGGCAAGCCCGAUGUGAAGGAGCUUCACCCUGAUGUGAACACAGCGGACGAACCUGCAAACUUCCAUAAUUAUCUGGACGACUUUUUGCAGGCCGUUCGCGUAUUCGGCUUCCUGGAGAAACCUGUCUUCCACGAGCUCGCCAGACAUCUGCAAACUCGGCGUCUCAUAGCAGGCGACAGCAUCUCACUCGAUCAAGAUCGCAGCUUCUAUUGCGUGGUGGACGGAACAGUCCAAGUCUUCGCCAAGUCCGACGACGAACAUACUGCAUCUGGAAGCGGCCAGUGGGAUGACGAAGACAUCAAUGGCUACCAUUUAAUGAACGAAGUCACCAGCGGCGGCACGGUGUCAAGCUUGUUCACUAUUCUCAGCCUUUUCACGGAGGAUGUCAAAAUCAGCUGGCAAGACGCAGACGAAUCUCCCAAGCGCACACAUCGCAGCCGGAAGAGCACCGAUGAGCGUAUACGCGUGAACUCUGAUGUAUCGUACUUCAAUCUGGAAAGGCCGGCACUAGUGAGGACACCUCUAUCGAACCCUGGCUUGCGGAGACGAUCCUCGACUUCGUCGUCUGCUUCGACGGUGCAGCCGGAAGAGAGCCCAACUACUCCUGAGGAUCUGAGGCGCACGGCGUCCCCUCCUCCACUAUCCGAACGUUCCUACGCUCCUUCAACACCUGUUCAUCAUAUACAAGGUCCAGUACAGAUACAUCGUGGCGUUGUCGCUCGCGCAACAGAGGAUACGACCCUUGCUGUGAUCCCCGCAGAGGCCUUCCGGCGUUUGACUAAGAAGUUCCCCAAGGCAACUGGGCACAUCGUCCAAGUUAUCCUCACUCGGUUUGCCCGUGUAACCUUCAACGCGGCGCACAAGUACCUUGGCCUAACCAGCGAAGUUCUACGAGCUGAGAAGUCGAUCAAUGACCUCGCCUGCCACCCACUGCCCCCGUCCUUCUACGAAGGCGGCGGCCUCCAACAACUCCGCCACCGCUUCGAAGUACCACCCAGCGGUUCGGACUCCGACAACGACUACUUCACCCACACCGGCGCCCGCACUCACUCGCCCAACCCCAUGUCAACAUACUCCCCGAACCCAAUGUCGGCGCAGGAAUCCUCAACGGACUCGGACGACUCGCACCCGGCCUUUAUACGCACGGCGUCCUCCAGCACAGCUCGCCCCGGAUCGCGCUCGUCGACAAUCUCGUCACCCAACCUUACGAAGACCUCCGGGUCCCGAAUGAAUGUCCAGGCGGGCGAUCUGCUCAGCAGCACGGCGAAUACAAGCCGCUUGUUGCGACCGAUUAACCGGACUGCAAUGACCCCGAGGGUGCCUCUGCGUGCUGUGGUGGAACACCAGUCACCGGAGCGUGCGUUGGGCGAGGAGUUCAAUCUGCGCGAGGAGGUUAUGUCGUGCAUUGCGAAGUCGAUUGGCUUGUUACAACCGCCUAUCAGUGGCAAUGAUUCCCUUGAGGGAUCACCGAAGUUAAAUCCAUUCGAGCGCAGCAGGUCCCCAAUGCCUAGCUCGUUUGGCUCAUUGUCUUUGCUUGAUCUGGGCGACGAUGCCUCUUCCACCAUGACCGGGGGGUCAGCAUCAAUCCAGUCCGGAAGCGGCAUGAGCGGACUGGACAACGAAGUGGAGAUCUUGUUCUUCCCCGCAGGCGCGACACUCACUAAAGCAGGCGAUAUCAGCACCGGUCUCUACUACGUUAUCGAAGGCUUCCUGGACAUCCUCUUGCCUCUGGAGAAGGAGAAGCAAAGAGCCUCUGACCGGCCUGGAGCAAAGAACCCUGGCAAAGGACCCAACAAGAAGCCUCACGACGACUCGGAGACGCACAAGUUCUUGUUCACUGUCAAGCCUGGUGGAAUCGCCGGGUACCUCGCCUCCCUCAGCAACACUGCGUCAUACGUCGAUAUCGUGGCAAAGACUGAUACUUACGUUGGGUACCUUCCCGCGCAAGCUCUCGAGCGACUCCUUGAAAAGCGUCCUAUCGUGCUACUUACCUUGGCUAAGCGCUUGAUCUCGUUGCUGUCGCCCCUAGUCCUCCAAAUCGAUGCCUCCCUCGACUGGAUGCAAGUCAACGCCGGCCAGAUUAUCUGGCGCCCCGAGGACGCCAGCGACUGCUUCUACAUUGUCAUCAACGGUCGCCUCCGUGCCAUCACAGAAACCGAGAAAGGCGACGUCUCCAUCGUCGGCGAGUACGGCCAGGGCGACGCUGUCGGUGAACUGGACGUCAUCACAAGCUCCCCAAGGCAGAACACCCUGCAUGCUAUCCGCGACACCGAGCUCAUCCGCAUGCCGCAGACGCUGUUCAAUGCGCUGUCUAUGAGGGAUCCGAGGACGACGCAACAGAUACUGCGCAAGAUCGCCCUCCGAGUGCGCGAUGAGGCCGAAGGCGGCAAAACGUCGCAGUCACGACCUCCCAUGGAGGUCAAGUCCUCGAACGCCAACCUCAAGACCAUCUGCAUCCUACCCGUCUCGCGCGCCGUCCCCAUCGACGUCUUCGCGCGCAAGCUGCAGACCGCUCUUGAGGGCAUCGGGGCGUCGACUGUCUACCUCAACCAGGCGUCGGUAGCGAACCGCCUCGGCCGACAUGUCUUCACGCGCAUGGGCAAGUUGAAGGCGGCCGGAUGGCUCGCGGACCAGGAACAGAGAUAUCGCACUGUCCUAUACGUCGCCGACAGCCCCGUCAACAACUCGUGGACGCAAACAUGUAUACGGCAGGCGGAUUGUGUCAUGGUCGUUGGCAUGGGGGACGAUGCGUCGAUCGGGGAGUACGAGCGCCUUCUGUUGUCGACGAAGACGACGGCGAAGAAGGAGCUAGUGCUUCUACAUCCGGAUCGCUCCGUGGCGCCCGGGUCGACGAGAGAGUGGCUGAAGAACCGCCCUUGGAUCCAUCAGCACAUUCACGUCGAACUGCCUGGCCUCGUCAUCCCCAUCACCAAGAGCACCGCGCACCUCCCCAAGGACCCCGACCCCAUCAUCGCGCUGAAGAACUUCAAGGACAAAGUCCAGAGCGAGCUCAAGAAAUAUAGGGGCACCGUCGGCGACGCGCGGCCACAGCGUCUGCCGCACGUAAACGAUUUCUCGCGGCUGGCGCGCAGGAUUUGUGGCAAGUCGAUUGGGCUGGUGUUGGGUGGGGGUGGUGCCAGAGGGGUAUCGCAUCUGGGCCUGAUCCGCGCGCUGGAAGAGUAUGGGAUUCCGGUGGAUCAUGUCGGUGGCACAAGUAUCGGCGCCUUCAUUGGCGGCCUAUAUGCACGCGAGGGCGACAGCCUUUCCUCCGCUGGCCGCGCCAAGCAGUUCAGCGGGCGCAUGGGGAACAUUUGGAGGAUGCUCUCCGACGUCACGUACCCUAUUGUUGCUUAUACGACUGGUCACGAAUUCAACCGCGCGAUCUACAAGUCCUUCUAUGACCUGCACAUUGAGGAUAUGUGGCUGCCGUUCUUCUGCAACACGACGAAUAUCACGACGUCGGGGAUGGAUAUUCAUGAGACGGGAUAUGCGUGGAGGUUUAUUCGGGGGUCGAUGACUUUGGUAGGAUUGUUGCCUCCGUUGUGCGACAAUGGGAACAUGCAUGUGGAUGGAGGAUAUGUCGACAACUUGCCCGUCUCGACGAUGUUUUCCAUGGGCUCUAGUGCUGUCUUCGCGUGUGAUGUCGGAUCGAUCGAUGACAAUUCGCCGAGGAACUUUGGCGACUCGGUGUCUGGCUGGUGGCUCUUCAUCAAUCGGUGGAAUCCGUUCUCAGACGCUAGUCGGGUGCCCGCCAUAACGGAGAUCCAGAGUCGGCUGGCAUAUGUAUCGAGCGUCAGGACGCUAGAAGAGGCCAAGGUCGCACCAGGAUGCUUGUACAUCGCCAUGCCGGUGCAGGAGUAUGGCACCUUGCAGUUCAGCAAGUUUGAGGAGCUGCAGAAGAUUGGGUACGAGGCUGGCAUGAAGGCACUGGCGAAGUGGGACGAGGAGGGCCGCCUUCCAUCGCCGUUCAUCGAUGGCAAGCAGCAGUUCUCUUCGAGCAAAAAGCAAGGUCGGGCGGCGAGGAGAAACUCAAUUUAGGGCUGCGGUUUUCAGGGACUAUCUGUUUCCUGCUGUAUAUAUUCGUAUGUAAAUUACUUCAUCCAUCACAAUGCAUCGUCAAGGGCCCUACAGCAAGC